ACCGCGCAAGUUGAAUGUUAGCAGAGCGGCACUCGGCGCUAAUGUGACCAAUUUAAAGUUAUUAACGCGACUUUUAAGUACUUAGCAGUCAGGUUUUAUCCGUCACGUCUCUACAGUUUGGUAAAGUUCCCUUCAAGGCUCCUCUCUCGCCUUUACUAGCUGUAUUUCCUUGUGAACUUUGCGUUAGCUUCAUUAGCUAACUGAGUAACCGCUGGUGUUGUCAGUGGUAACCUAGCAGCCUGAGCAUCACAUCAUGGAAACUUCAGGCUGGCUGUUUACUGUCAUUUUAACUCACCUGCUGUCUGUAUUCUCCAUCUGCCAUGGUCAGCUGAUCUUAGUGAGCGAUGUUGAAUAAAAACAGGCAUUUGGUUUAGUUUAACUCAUAAUCUCAGCGUGUAGUUAGCUAAUUCAUGAAAACAGGUGCUUGGUCUCCGAGUUUCUUGCAGCAGUUUGUGGAGUAACGGCUACUUAACGUUAACGUUACCUUAACGUCAUCACAAAUCAAAAGUGAUUUCAGUGAAGCGUUUUUGCGGUAAAAGGAGGCUAAUUUUAGGAGCACAGCGAUGUUUAGCUUUCUAACCACAGUGAGCUAGCUAACCAGCUAACAUUAGCACAGUUAUCACAGUCUGUUGGUUUCCUGGUUAAAUCUUUACCAACACACUGAGACCAAGAUGCCUGCUGCUCUGGACUGGGACAAAGUGACCAGGAUCGACCCAGCGAGUCUCCUUGAAUAUGAAAAAGACCAAGUGGACGAGGUCUUCAGCAUGUUCGUUUUGACAGAAGAAUGGGAUGUGAAGGAUAGAGCUCCAGAGAACAUCAUUAAAGUCCUCAGAGUGUUUCAGACCCUGCUGAAGAUUAAGGAUCGCGAGGUUUCUAUUGCCGACGAAUUUGUCGAAGCAAUUGGUGUGAAGUAUGCUAAAACUGAAAAGGAGCUCCUCGCCAAGUUGUCGAGGCUGGAACAAGAGCACAAGCACUCCGGCACAGGGCCAGACAGCCGCUUUCUGAGAGAUGAGGUUCAGCAGCUCGAGACCCAGCUGGAGCUGAAGGAGAGAGAGUUGACCCAGUUACAGAAAGAAAUGGGCAAAGAAAAGAAAACCAGCGAGGAGUUGAUUGUGCGAGCAGAGGAGGCCGAGGAUGAGGUCAAGAAGCUGAAAAGAGAGAACGAGCAGCUCCAGCAGGAUGUGGAUUUCUACCGCGGAGAGCUGGACCAGAAAGAGCCGGCCCCAUCCAAAGAUGAGAACGCUGAGAUCCAGAAGAAGCUCACCCUGACUAACAGACAGCUCUACCAAUACAUGGAAGACGUUCAGCGAGCGGAGGAUGAAAUCGUCCACCUGAAGACGCAGAACGAGCAGAUGCAGAAAAGUCUGGAGGAGUCAGUGAGGGAGAUGGAGAAGAUGACGGAUGAGUACAACAAGAUGAAGAUCAUCGUCCAGCAGACGGACUCCAUCAUGGAUCAGCUGAGGAAAGAGAGGGAUCACGCCAAGCUGCAGGUCAGAGAGUUAACAGAUAAGAUUCAUAGCAUGACUGCAGAGGACGACCCGAUAAUGGCGGCAGUCAACUCCAAAGUGGAGGAGUGGAAGAGAGUGCUCUCUGGGAAGGACGAAGACAUUUUGGUGUACCAGCAGAUGAUCCGGGAUCUGAGGGAAAAGCUGCGCUCGGCCCAGCUGGACUUGGACAAAAGCAAUAUUCUUGCCUUGCAGCAGGCCGUCCAAGAGAGAGACAAUCAAAUCAAGAUCCUGAGUGAGCAGGUGGAGCACUACACAGGUGACAUGGAGAAGCACACCCAGCUCAUCGAGGAGCUGAAGACGUCCACAAAGAAAGACAGAGGCCUGCCGUCAUCUGUCCAGCAGAGGAAGAUGGAGGAGCUGAAGUCCAAGCUGGAGGCUGCAGAGAUGCGAGUGUCGGAAGCAGCGCAGGCGGUAAAACUGGCAGAAGCUCACGCUGAAGAAAAAGACAAAGCACUCAUUGAGGCUUCAAACCGCUUGAGCCAGUAUGAGUCUGGCACUUACGGCCUUGAAGCAGCCAUUGUGGAGAUCAAAGAGUGUAAAAAUCAAAUUAGAGUGAGAGACCUUGAGGCAGAGGCCAUGACCAAAGAGAUCAACCAGCUCGAGAUGAGAAUCAAUGACCUCAUGGACGAAAACGAAGAUUUCAGUGAAAAACUGGGUCUGGAACCAAAGCAGGAAGUGGAUCUGACAGAGUUCAGGCGAGCCAAAGAGCUCAGACAGCGCCAGUACAAAGCAGAAAACCAAGUCCUCACCAAAGAGAUCGAACGGCUUGAAGAAGAACGACUGGAGCUGAAGCAACAAAUCAGACGCUUGGUGAAGGAAAGAGGGAUCCCACAGUCCAGCUUGCUGCCAGAGGAGGACAUCAGCCCCCGCAGGACCGUCCAGCUGCCACUAAACCAAAGCAGCACUCACACAGAUGAAGAGAUCAGACGCAGAAACGAGUACCUUGAAAAACAGCUGAGGAACAAGGAGAGAGAGCUGGAGCUUCACAAGACCCAGUUUCACAUCAAAUUGGAUGAACUGUCCAAAGUGAAACGAGACCUGGAGGACGCGCUGAAAGACGUCCUCCAAGCCAUGAGGAGUAAUCAAGAGACCUCUCCAUCUGAUGCUGCCGUCAACAUCACCAGUCUGGAGAGGUUGGCUAAUGCUAUAGAUGGGAGCAACACGAGCGGGCAGUCUGAGUCCACCCUGAACCUCAAGUCCCAAAUCCAUCAGCUGGUCGGGAGGAACGAAGAACUGAGGCAGGAACUGAAAUCAGCCCGGGAGGAAGCAACCAGCAGCUUCAGUCAGCUCGCCAGAGCCAAAGAAAAGGUGAGUCACCUGGAAGGUGAGCUGGAGCUGUUAAGGAGGUCGGGCAGCAGUGGAGUUGUGCUCCGACCUCUGACCCUCCCUGAAGGCCUGGAGCCCAGCAGUGCUGAGGUCAUCAGCUCUCUGAAUGAGUACGCUGUUCGACUUCUUCAGGAGCUCAGAAACCAGGAGGAGAAAAGCAAGAAGCUGGCAGCAACUCUGGAGGAAUACAAGGAGAAGUUUUCGGUUAUUAGCCACCAACAGGGACUCCUCUAUAAAGAAUACCUCAGUGAGAAGGCAGAGUGGCAGAAGGAGAAGGAGGCUUUCACAGAGAUGAAGAACAAGCUGGAGGAGCAGAAGCAGGUGGACACCGUUAAAAUCCAAGAAUUUAAUGAGCUGCUGGACACCCUUCAGAAGGACCCAGAGGAAAUCCGGAGACAGCUGAGCGAGGUGUUGCGCAAGUCAACGGUGCUGAAGGUGAAUGAGAAGAAACUGACGCGGCGCUACAGCACCCUGCUGGAGCAGGAGCAGCACCUCCGCAAGGAGAACAGCAAGCUGAGGGAGGAGAGCAGCCACAUGCAGGUGUCUGUCACCCAGAGGAUAGGAUACCUGCAGAGAUACAAGGAAAUGGCGGCAUAUAAGAUAGCAGCGCUGCAGAAGGCCCUGGACGACAGCGUCCCCUCGUCAGACCUGGAGAAGGCAAACAAACAGUACACAGAGCUGACGGUCAAAUACAGAGACAUGCUGCAGAGGGACAGCCGCCUCAUACAGAGAACCACCAACCUGGAACAUCUGGAGAGUGAGAACGAGUCGCUCCGGCAGCAAAUCUCAGUCAUGAAUAAAGAACUGGAGAUCACGAAGGAGAAACUGAACACUUUAGAGCAGGCGUGGGACAACGUCAGUGCAACAGGGGGUGAAAAUGGCAUGGAUAAGGCAGACAAGGCGUUGGCCAACCAGGAGAUGGUGUCUGCCGCCAGGCGCAUCACCACUUUGGAGAUGAAGGAGCUGAACGAGAGGCAGAGAGCCGAGCAUGCCCACAAAAUGUAUGAACACAUGAGGAGCUCCCUCAGGCAGGUGGAGGAGCGUAACUCAGAGCUGGAGUCCAAGUUUGCAGAGUUGACCAAGUGGAAUGCAGAAGCCCAGAGGGUGGAACAGGAGCUGAGAGACGAGCUGGCGGACAGCGUCAGCAAGGCUGUGAGUGACGCUGACAGAGCCAGGGUUACAGAGCUGGAGAAGGCCGAGGCUGAGCUUCGCAUUGAGGUUUCUAAGCUUCAUGAGGUGUCUGAUGUGGCCAUGAUGCAGGCGUCUGCUCUUCAGGCCAGACAACAGUCCAGAGAGAAGGAAGUAGAAGCUCUGAGGAGACAAAUACUGGACUAUCAGUCACAGUCAGAUGAGAAGGCCCUCAUUGCGAAGCUCCACCAACACAUCGUGGCUCUGCAGCUCAGUGAGUCAUCCUCACUGGCCAAGCUGGAGGCCGCCACCUCUCACAUCCAACAGCUGGAGGCCUACAAGCUGCGUGCUGAACAGCGGCUGGAUGCCAGUGAGCGUGCUCUGUUCCUCGCCCGCCAGGAGGGCAGAAAUCGCUCUAAACACCUACGGCAGACCAUCCAGUCUCUGCGGAGGCAGUUUGCCGGAGCGCUGCCUCUUCCUCAGCAGGAGAAGUUCUCUGUGAUGAUGGUGAGCCUCCAGGAGGACCGAGCAAAAGCCCAGGAGGAGAAGAGGAAGGUCGAGGAGGAGAGGAGGAGGGCAGAGGGUCGGGCAGAGGAGCUGGAACUGAGACUCCGAGGUCUGGAGGAGCUCAUCUCAACACUGAAGGAUGUGAAAGGAGCCCAGAAGGUAACCGAGUGGCACAAGAGGAUGGAGGACGCUCGUCUGCAGGAGCUGAGGAAAGGCCGAGAGCUGGUGGUCCAGAAGGAGGAGAUCAGGUACCUGAAGAACCUGGUGGAAGAGCAGGAGCGAAAUAUACGCUCGCUGGAAGAGGAUAUCGUGCAGCAAAAUAUGUUUCAAGAAGAACGCCAGCUUGCAUAUGACCAGCGGGAGGUGGAGCUGGAGCGUCAGCUGGACCAGUAUGAGAAGCACCAGAGUGAAAUUCUCAGCAGUGCUGAAAAGUAUGAAGAUGGUACAGGAUCCCUCCCAGACCCAAAUCUGCCUCUCGCUCAUCAGUUAGAGUUUGCUUUGAGUAAAAACAGAGAGCACGUCCGCACCAUCUUAGACACACAGGCUACCUGCAAAAGUCUGGAUGAGAAGCUGAAAGAGAAAGAGGCGGCUCUGUGGAAGGCAGAACAGAACAUCGUGUCCAGAGAUAAAGUGAUCAAUGAGCUGCGUCUUCGCCUCCCGGCUGCUGCCAACAGAGAACGCCUGCUGGCCGACCUCGCCAAGCAUGAAGAGGGACAGACAGACCAUCAGCCUGCCCUCAAGCUGGCUCACCAGACCAUCAAAGACCUCCAGGGUCGGCUGGACAAAAAAGAGGAUGUGCUAAAGAAAUACCAGAACCAGCUGGCUCAGGCCAGACAGGAUCAGGAGGAGAUGAUAAAGAGACACCAGGAGGAGCUCAGGGCGCUGCAUCAGAAGUUGGACUCGCACACGGACACGUCGCUGGACCGCUUCAAACAGACAGCAAUGGAGUUGAUGAAGAAGCCCACCAUCAGGGUGCCGACCACCAAACAUUUGGAGCGUCUGGCUGAGUUGGAGCAGACGGUGGCUGAACAGGAUGUCGCGCUCUCGUCUCUCACAGAGAAGCUGAAGCUGGCCACUGCUGAGCUGGAGCGACAGAGGAUCACCAUGGAAACGCUGGCCAAGAAACAUGCUGACGAGAUGUCAAAGCUGGAGGAGCAUCAUGCCACCCAGGUGAAAGCUCUGACCGGUGAGACCGAGGAUCAGACGAGUCAGGUGUCCCAGAUGGAGAAGGAGAUGAACUACCUCCGGACUGAGCUGGCAGCACAGAAGGAGGCCAACGUCCGCUCCCCCAGCAACACCAUGAAGAACCUGGUGGAGCGACUGAAGGCGCAGCUCGGCCAGAAAGAGAAACAGCUCAAGGCUCUCAGUAAGGCUCUGCUGGAGCUGCGAGCAGAGAUGACGUCAGCCGCAGAGCAGCAGGUCAUCGCCAGCGCUGCACAGAAAGAGGAGAGUCUAAAUGUACAGAUGCUGGUUGACAGACACACCAAAGAGCUAAAGGCACGGUUGCAAGAACUUAAUGAAGAACUUCAAGCUGCUAAGGAGUCUGCCAAAGCAGCCAGAGGCCGCGAGAACAGUCUGAAAGAGGAAGUGGACGGUGUGAACCAGGACCUCCAGAGGAGUCAGAAAACCCAGAGACGCCUGCAGGCUGAGAAGGAGGACAGAGAGCAGGAAGUCCAGGAGCUGAAGCAGCAGAUCAAGAGGCUCAGCAGCGCCCUGCAGAAUCAACCAGAAGCAGAUGGGAAGGGGCCCACCAUCGAGAAUCUGCAGAGGAAGAUCAGGAAGCUCGAGUCGGACCUGGAGAAAAGAGCAGACAUGAAGGAUGUUCCGGAUGGUCAUGAAAAGACCAAAGGUGAAAUUGUGCGCUGGGAGGAGGGGAAGAGAUGGCAGGCCAAGAUGGAGAAGGUGAAGAAUUUAUUGAAGGAGAAGGAACGAGAGAAUGAAUCUCUGUCCAAACAGCUCAGCACUCUCAAAGACCUCUAUGCCAGACUGGAGCAGGAGAAGAGUGCGCUGCAGAAGAAGCUGAAGGGUCGAGGUGUGACGGCUGAUCAGGUGGUCGGAGUUCGAUCUGCUGAAAUGGAGAAAGAGAUUGAAGAGCUGAAGAAGAAGAACUCAGACCUGGAGACACAGAUCCUCACCAUAAAGCAGCACCAGGCUUUACCUCGUGACGACGCCAUGGAGAAUCUGACCGUGAGGAACCGCUACCUGGAGGAGAGAGUGCACGCCUUAGAGAACCAGAUAUCCAAAGAGCCGCCAUCAAGACCCUCUGCCAGAAGUUCAUCCUCCUGGGCCUCCAGAGGGAUUUGCUCUCUGACUUUUGAUGUUAUGGAUGAGUCAUGUGAAGGGAAUGCAGCUCGGUGUCCUGCUGUAUCCUGCAGCCGCUCUGUCAGCACUGAAGCUGUUAGAGACCCCGCUGACCAACAGAGGGCGCCAAAGAAGAGACGAGUAGCAAGACAAACUCAAACCAGCUCUGUGGGAGCAGAAGAUGUUUGUGCUGAACAAGAGCGACUGAGUCCAGAUGUUGCCCAAAACACAGCAGCAGAAGAUGACACCACUCGUGUUAAAGAAGAUGAGACAGAAGCAGAUAUUUUAGAGAGUACACAAGACGUCACAGGUGGUUCUGACGUCGAUAAGGGUGAAGAAAAGGAAGAAACACAGACGACAAGAGGAAGUGAGCCUGAUCCUGAGGAUCCAUCAGAAAGACCAGGAUCAGUUAAGUCCUCCUCUGAGCCAGCUGCAGCAGAAACUGGCUCUGAAACCGUGAAUAAAGAGGGUGGCAGUGAACACAAUGAUCCAGAUACAGAGGAUGAUGAUGUGGGAAUCUGUGAAGAAAAGCCAGAGGAGGCCGGGGAAGAGGCUGAGCUGAAGGAUGAGGAGGCUGAGACUACACAUUAUGAGGAUAAUCCAGAACCAUCUUGCUCAGCAGAUCCAGAUGUGGCCUCCAGCUCCACACUCAGCAAACAUCCAGAGAGGUUUAUGAGUAACAGGAGGGAUGAUCGUGUACGAAACCGACAGAGCAGAUCUCUUAGAUAUCUGAAGACAUCAGGACGAGGCACCGGCACGCCCUCGCAGAGAGAUCAGGACCUUCAGAAAGAAAACCUCAAACUGGCCUCUGAGAACCUGGAGCUGCGAUUUCAGCUGGAGCAGAUCAACAAAGACGUACCAAGACUCAAGAAUCAAGUUGCAGACCUGAAGGAGAUGUGCAGCGCGCUGAAAAAAGAAAAGGCCGAGGUCGAGAAAAAGCUGGCUCAUAUACGUGGAGCUGGUCACAGCGGUAAAACCGUACCUGAGCUGGAGAAGACCAUCGGGCUGAUGAAGAAGGUGGUGGAGAGGGUGCAGAGGGAAAAUGAGACACUAAAGAAAUCCAGCGCACUUGCAAACCAAGAGAAGGUCGCUGCCUUGGAGCAAGAGAAUGAAAAACUAAAGGCCGACUACGUGAAGCUGAAGAGUCAGAGUGAGGCUGAGCUAAGCGCCAAACUGGAAUCAAAAACCAAAGGACUGGAGAAAAUAGUGAUGGAGAAUGAACGUCUGCGCAAGGAGAACAAAAGGGAAGUGGAGGCUGCAGAGAGGCUGAGAGUGGCCAAGGCGAGUCUGGAAGUGACCAACGAGAGGCUUGAGGCAGAGCUGGAAGAAACGAAACAAAGACUGCGGGCAGCUCUGUCCAAACCCAUCACAGAGGGAGCGGACAGUAAGACCUGGAAGGCUUCUGUGGUCACAAGAAUGUUUGAGAACAAGAUGAAGGAGCUGGAGAAGGAGCUGUCCCAUAAGACAUCCAGUCUGUCUGAACUCAAACAGCAGCUGAAGGAGGUGAAGGAGCGCGAGGAGAGAGCUCAGAUAAGCGUCCGGCAACUUGAAGAUCAGGUUGACUUGUUAAAAAACUUUCCUACUGCGGCAAAGACGUCAGGAGGACUCAGCAGAGAGUUCCAGGCAAUGAGGUUGGCCAACACUGAGCUGGAGAAGGAGAACACAGACCUGAAACAAAAGCUGAACGAGUACAGUGAAAGAUUCGGUGAAACAUCUUCUAAACCAGACUAUGGGAAGCUCAAACACCUCCUGCAGGCGGCUCAAACAGAGAAAACCAAACUUCAAACCGAAGUGAAAAAGCUGAAGAAAGAACUGGAGAACUUUGACCCGUCGUUCUUUGAGGAGAUUGAGGACUUAAAAUAUAACUACAACUUAGAGGUGAAGAAGAACAUCCUGCUGGAGGAGCAGCUGAAGAAGGUGUGUGAUCAGUUUGGUGUCAAAGCUGACCUGCCCAGUGUGUCCGUCAGUUAACUCAGGGUUACUGUGCCUUUAAAUGACAUCACGACUGUUCAACCUACACUUGAAUGUACUUUCAUCAACUGAUGACCAAAAAGUGGACAUUGUCAUAAACUCUUCGGGGCUGACUGUCAGGAACCACAGUUUGAAAUCUUACGUUCCAAAAGCAAAUUCCUUUUAAACUGUAGGAAACUCGUCUCCUUUCCAGUUUCUUGAAUGUAGCUCGUUAAGUUUCUCCCGUAAGGCAGCUAUUAAUUGUGUUAAUACUGAGCUCUUAGUUUGAUGAUGUAACUAUAUGUGUAGCAUAUAUAUUUAUAUUUGUACAAUUCUGACAUGUUGUUGUGUGAAUUUGUCAAU